UUCUUUUCCCCCACUCCAAGUCGAACUCUGCGACGCCCGUCCGGCUUUCUCCCCAAGACAGACAGCGCCUCCCUUGGUCCUACCGCCAUAUAAACAGGCACGAGGCCGCACCUCCUGGCCACCAUAGCAAUUAGCAACACGAGCCACAUCGAUCUCCUCUCGACAUACACAAGUUUGUUUUCGAUCAAUCUCAGUUUUAGAGUUUUCGCGAUGGAGAACAAGGGGGCAGCUCCGGCGGCGGCAGCGCAGGAGAACAAGGAGGCGGCGCCGGCUCCGGCGACGUCGUGCUUCAAGGGGACGGUGGCCGAGGACGCGACGUUCGUGGAGGUGGCCAAGGAGCAGUACCGGCAGUUCAAGGAGGCGCCCAUGGAGGAGCACUGGUCCUGCAUCAAGAACAAAGUCCUCUCCGUCUUCGGCGAGCCGCCCUCCGUCUUCGGCGGACCCAAGGACAACAAGGCGUCCUCCGUCGAGUCGCAGUAGACGAUCAAGUAGCUUUAUAAGUAGUAAUUUUUAUCGUUGCUAAGUACUUGUUGAGGUCGUUCAUGAGUUAAUUUGAGGAACUGUAUACACAGCUGUGCGGUGGUUGUUUCAUUGUGGAUUUUCAGUCGGAACACGCGUUGAUUAAAUAGUUAUCUUUGAAUUGAUUUUUGUAGUUCUUCAA